AUGCUAACCGAUCACUUGGAACGAAUGCUUCUAUAUACUGUUAACGUUGAUAAUAGUGAUAUUCAAACGCCUGCUCAGUUAGCAAUCAGUCGUAUUUUUCAGAUAGACUAUGAGUCGUAUUUCGCCAGAGAAUGUUCUUCUUGUGCUAACAGUAUUUGGUGUUAUAAGUGGUAUAUUUCUUGGGAUUUCGUUGAGAGAUCCAGAAAUGAAAUGGACGAAAAAACAACUGAGCUACCUCAGAUUUCCAGGCGAUGUAUUUGUGCGUAUGUUGAAAAUGAUGAUUCUACCGCUAAUUAUGUCAUCAAUUAUAAUGAUGCGAAAGAUAAGGAGGCAUGUACGUAUGGAUGGAUGGAUCUAUGCAAAAUAUCAAUAUCCUCUUUGGCUAGUGUUGAUUCAGCUACAGCCGGUCGACUUGGUAUGAUAUCACUUGUUUAUUAUUUUACCACGACGAUGAUUGCCGUUAUAAUUGGAAUCGUUCUGGUUGUAUCUGUAAAGCCAGGGAAAUGGAUGAAAACCAAUAUCGAGGACUUUAUUGGCAGCGCUAAAAGUGCACCGUGCAUUUCAAAUGCUCUCGAUACAAUAUUUGAUCUUAUCAAGUUUGUCAAUGUUUAUUUAUAUAUUCAUCUGGCACUUUUCCCAGAAAAUCUCAUUGAGGCAACCUUCAAAAGUGUACAUUUUAUGAUUUUCUCUGUUGUUUUUGUAAUUGUUAUUGGUAUCGUUGUGUCAGAGAAGGUUUGCAUGAAGUUCCUGAAUGGUACUGUACGAAUCGACUCUGAUGUAGCACUUAAAAUGAGCCCAGGCAGUCAGUAUCAAGAAGUACCUGAAGUAAUACGUUCGGAUGGUAUGAAUAUACUAGGACUGGUGAUGUUCUCUGUUUGUUUGGGGCUUGUCGUGUCAAGAGCUGGUGAGGAUGGUGUCCCACUGAAAGCAUUUUUUAAAUCGUUGGAAACAGUCAGUAUGCGACUUAUAUCGCUCGUGAUUUGGUUUUCACCAAUCGGAAUAACAUUUCUUAUCGCUGCUCAAGUCGUUGGAAUGAAGGACCCUGGUAAGGAACUUCAACGUCUUAUGGGAUAUAUGAUAUGCGUUUUAGCAGGCCUCUCAAUUCAUGGAUUUAUUGUAUUGCCAACACUUAUGAUUAUUGUGGCCAGGAGAAAUCCGGUCAAAUAUGUCUAUGGAAUGACUCAAGCACUACUGACAGCUCUUGCCACUAGUUCUAGUUCUGCAACACUUCCGCUUAGCAUUAAGUGCGUUGAAGAGAACAAUGGCGUCGAUCCAAGAGUCGCAAGAUUUGUGUUGCCUUUAGGGGCUACAAUAAACAUGGAUGGAACUGCUCUGUACGAAGCAGUUGCCGCUAUUUACAUCUCGCAAUGUGUUGGGUUGGAUUUAUCAAUUGGUAAUGUCAUAUUGGUUAGCUUGACGGCGACAUUAGCGAGUAUUGGUGCGGCUGGUAUUCCUCAAGCAGGUAUUGUCACCAUGAUAAUGGUUUUAAUCGCGAUUGGUCUGCCGUCAAACUUGUUUAUUUUGAUAUUCCCAGUUGAUUUCUUUCUGGAUCGUAUCAGGACUACAGUCAACGUCUAUGGUGAUAGCAUUGGUGCAGCGAUUGUUGGUAAAAUGUGCGAAAGGUUUUUACCAAGCAAUACGAUUGAAGCAACGGAAACCGGCUAUCAUGUGCUAACACAAACUGCAUCACCAGAUCCAUCUGCGAAAAGGCAUAAUUGCUACGAGAAUCAUCAACUAUAA